AGUAAUGGUGGGAAAUUUGACAACGCGUAAACACUUUUCUGUAAACAUUUAUUAAAGUCAAGCGGGCGUUAUAUGCUAUUUUUUAGGUACAACUCGAAAUGGAUAGAUAUGUAUUGGUUUUAUCUUUCUGUCAGACGGAUGACAAAACGUUGGCGGAUUGCGAAUGUCCUCAGCAGAUGAAGCAAAUCUAUGACCAAAUUGUGGACUUUUCUUCUAAAGACUCAGCAAGAGGAAUCUCUGUGUUGCCAGCUUGUUCUCUCAGUGGAAAACCUUCUCCUCAGAAGUGGUACUUUGCUGUUCAGGCUUUUCAUGGAGCAACACAAUUCUGCAGCUCAGACUGGGAAGAUUUGGAAGCAGUCCACCAAAGUGCAAACAGUAUAGAGGAGACUCAAGCCUCUUUGGAGAUGUGUGUUGGAUCUUUGAAUCAACAGGAAGAAUCGGACCACAAGUGCGACCCAGCGAUAUUGACAGAGUUGCUUGAUGAGGCUGCAGAAGGACUGCAUACACUCUCAGACAAGCUGCCUCCUCCAGGUAAAGCCUUGUUGGAUGUGCUGGUAUUAGGCUCUGUUGUGGAGUGUCCUGCUGUGAAAGACCUGCUGCCACUUCUGGGAGCCUUGAGACAUAUGACCUGCUGGCACUCUGCUAAGAUCACUGUCAUCACCCAGCAUGCUGCAGGGUGGAGGAAAAUGGCGUCAUACCUGAGUGCUGGUGUCGUCGAGUCUGCUGAAUUAAGAAGCUGUAUUGACCCCAGUGAAAUGUGGAGAGGAGGCCUGGUUGUCAGAGAGAAGAAGUACGCGUCAGAGCUACGUUUUGAUGGCUUUUGUUUGCGCUCUUCGGCGCAUAACAUAUCAAGGUCCAGUUUCCUGCGAGACCCGUGCCCCACUGCAGACCACCGACUACACUCUGAGGUCUUCCAGUACUAUUCUCCAGUUUUGGACCUGCUUCAUUUGGUCACUCUGUCAGACCUGCCUUGCUUCCUGAUGUCCAACACCCAGUUAGAGCUCGAUCUCUCUGGGCAGUCAAUGAAGAGUAAACUUCUUUUGGACCAGCUUAAGUCACUGCGUGGAAAGGUAGGAGCUUUGUUCAGCCUGUCCUGUGUUGUCACCCCGAUCGCCCAGACGCCAGCGAGCCAAAUCAGCUCCCGGCGCUGGAGAGAGUCUCUAGCCAGGCGUCCCAAGUCCUUACCCAUACCUGAUGUAGAUGUCAAAGGUGAGAGUGCUCACUACUUCCUGUUGGUCCAGGGCUCGGACAACAUCAGGGACGAUGUCUGUACAGUCAGGCUGUUACACUCUGACAGUCAAAUUAAUGGCGCAGCUGCCAUGGCAACAGUCUCUGGAAUGCUGGGACAGAAGCUGCUGUCAUCAUCAGGAGGCACUAGAAGCAACAUCCUUUACUCUCUGCCCUGUCUCCAAGGAGACAGCCUGCUGAGGCGAGAGAGGAAGGUGGCACAGGUCCAGACACAGGUGCUCAUAGGGUAUCUUGGAAAGAAAGAACAGUCCUCAUCAUCCAUACCUUCGAAUGACUUCAAGGCCAUUCUCAACCUGGCCAGGGAACAAUACUUAAGAGUAAUUGAUGACACUCAGUCCCCGGUCUCCUCUUUACCUGACAAGCCCGACGCAACCACCAAGAAGCCAGAUUUUCAGACAGUGUCCAUGGAACAUUCUAUUUGGCCUGAGAGGAGUGUCCUCCACAACAUUGAAAGCCUGCAAAAAAGACGACAGAAGAGAAGAUUUUGUCUAUUAGGACCAGGCUGUAGUGACACCCUUAUGGGCCCUAAAGACUUUCAGAAGGGUUCUAGUACUUUUUUGGACGCCAAAGAACUUCGGAGACACUUCACACUUGAUGGCAAGCCGACCAGUGACCUACUACCUCUGGGCCUUGUUAGAGGUCCUAAUGUAUUUCAGCUGUCACCCGACUUGUCUCCCAGAAGAGUCAGUCAGAUGUCCUUCAAAAAGGCUAAGGCAUCAAAUUACCAUGGAAUAGAAUACUGCCUGGAUAACCAGCAAUCCCUGGACCGGGACCAGGCCUUUGUACGGCUCCAGUCCCGUCUCAUUCGAUAUGAAACCCAAACCACCUGCUGCAAGGAACCCUCUGCCCUCCCCUUUGCGCUCAGCCCCGCCCUUUCGCCUGCUGUGAUGUCAGAACCAGGAAGUGUGCCUGAUGGGGAGACUCUGCAGAACGCUGACGUAGCCCGACUCAAACGCAGGUCAUGGGACACUGAUGGCUGUCCCCGCAAGAGGCUGGCGAAGUCAGAGAGCAGCGACUCCCUCUGCUCUCAGAGCAGUGUUGGCAGUGGGACACACCCUGCCAUCAGGUCUCUACGGCAUCAGGCCAGCAGAUCUCAGUCCGUCUCAUCUUCCACUUCCUCAGCCUCAGCUCCUCGAAGGACAUCCUCAGGUUUGAUGAAUCAGUCAUUUACAGACAAGCAUAAAGCACCAGAGCCGAGAAGUGAUCACGGGAUGACAGACGAUAAAAGUGUCAAGGAGUCACGCUCCCAGAAACACAAUAGGAUGCUGCAGGAGGUAGUCGCUAAAACACUCAAACACCACGGGAUCAGUGCCGAGCAUAAAUGCUUUGAGGCUUGCAGCAAAAGACUGUUUGAUAUCUCCAAAUUCUAUCUCAAGGAUCUGAAGACAUCUCGUGGUCUGCAUGAUGAGAUGAAGAAGGCGGUUGGCAACAAUGCAAAACAGGUCAUUGACUGGAUCCUGGAGAAGACCUCUAAGAGAUGAUGGGUUUGACAUAUUUUUAGAUUCCUUUUAAUUCUUACAUGUUUUACUUGUAUAUGUUUUCAAAAUUAUUUUAUUUAGUCUUAAUUAUUUAAUUCGUAUUUUUUUCUAAUUUCUUUUCAUUGUGUUAGGUUUUUGUGUAUUCUUACUUUUAACCACAAUCAUAUGUUUUAGAUCUAUCUUACGAAUGUACAUAUUUGAUCCGUUUUAUACUUCACCGUUUGUAGCACAAUAAAGUGUUUUG